GCUAAUACCUGUUCACAAUAAUGGUCUGCUUGUGUGUCAUAACAUUUCAAACAAUAUUCUUCCGAGUUAUUAUACUCACUGAUAAUUUGUAAUAAUAUUCUUCUUUGAUAUAUUAUGUAGUCUUUUUACUUUGCUGAUAACAGAUUUAAGUGAUUUAACGCUCAUCAAGAAUUCUACAUAUAUAAACGUCGACAUCAACAAAGAACAAAAAACUAUACAGUUUCAACAUGAGAAAAGAACUAUAUUUUAUUUUUGUCACCCUUAUGGUCGGGAUGAUAACGUCUCUCCCCUAUGAUGGAAUCAUCAUAUUUACAGAUUCAAUUGUAUCAAUAAGUCAAGUAAAAUUAACUCCUUCCGAUUUAGAGUUUGCAUCAAAGAAUAACAAUUUGACAAAAGAAAAAGAUGAGGAUCGUGCGUCUAAAUUGCCAACACAAGCCAUGUGUGGCCAAAGAAAAACCCCAAGCUUUCGAAUACUUGGAGGAAGUGAAUCCCGAUUGGGUGCUUGGCCAUGGAUGGUAGUCCUAGGAUACAAAAAUGCAGAUCAAAACAAAAGUUCUAUUGAAUGGUUAUGUGGUGGUACAUUAAUUUCUAACACACAUGUCUUAACUGCCGCCACAUGCGCCACCAAAACUGGGAAAAAAGUUUUAACUGUGGCACGCUUAGGCGAGUUAGAUUUGGAUCACAUGAUCAAUGACGGGGCAAAACCAUUAGAUAUUCUGAUCGAACGUAUUAUAUACCAUGAGGGGUACGACACACAAAAAUACACCAAUAACAUUGCAUUGCUGGUGUUAAAAAAUAGUGUUACUUUUAACGAAAUGAUCCAACCGAUUUGCUUACCAGCAUCACUUGAUAUGAAAAAGGUUGAAAAGUCACACAAUAUGCCAUUUAUUGCAGGCUGGGGAAGUAUCAAUGCUUCACCUCAAAACAAUGAGAUGAGUUCGACGUCUUUAAUGGAAGUUCAAAUACCAAUUUCGAAUUUAACAGCAUGCAAACAGACAUAUGCAACUUAUAAAACCGUAAUCGAUGAUAAGGUGAUAUGUGCUGGUUAUCCAAAAGGAGGAAAAGACUCUUGUCGGGGCGAUUCCGGAGGUCCAUUAAUGUGGUCGAACAGAAAACAGUUUUAUUUGAUUGGCAUUGUUUCUUAUGGUUUUAAGGAAUGCGGGCAUCCGGGUUAUCCGGGCGUCUACACAAAAGUGACAUCUUACAUGGAUUGGAUAUUAGAUAAUAAGAUUGUGUUUGCGAUUGAUUCACCAAAAAUACUGAAUAAAUCGCAUGAGGACAUAUCAUAUGUUGCAUCUAAGUUACCAUCACAAGAUACAUGUGGUAAAAGAAAGGCACCAAGCUUUCGAAUAGUUGGAGGAAGUGAUUCAGAUUUAGGUGUUUGGCCAUGGAUGGUAGCUCUCGGAUACAAGGAUAAAGAUGAUGUAAAUGAUUCUAUAAAAUGGACUUGUGGUGGUACAUUAAUAUCUAACAAGCACGUAUUAAGUAUCGCCCGUUGUCUGGAUAAUAUAGGGAGAAGUUUAUUGACAGUUGCACGCUUAAGUGACUUGAAUUUGAAUUCCACAAUCGAUGAUGGGGUAACCCCAUUGGAUGUUCCAAUCGAACGUGUUAUACAACAUAAAGAAUACAACAAAAAAUCUUAUACCAAUGACAUCGGAUUAGUGGUAUUGAAAAAUGAUAUUACUUUUACCACAUUUAUCCAACCAAUAUGUUUGCCAUUAUCACCAGAUAUGAAAAACAUCGAUAUGGGAAAUAAUUUGCCUUUUAUUACUGGAUGGGGAAAAACUGAUACAGUUGAAGAAACGUCUUCAUCUUUAAAGGAAGUUCGAGUUCCAAUCAUAGACAACGAGUAUUGUCAAUGGAUGAUUUAUAGAGAUGUUAAAGGAGUAGUUAUCGAUGACAGAAAAUUGUGUGCUGGAAAACAAAGAAAAAAUGCAUGUCAGGGUGAUUCCGGAGGUCCGUUGAUGUGGUUGAAGGAAAAACAAUUUUAUUUGAUAGGCAUUUCUUCUUUUGGUCGCUUAUUUUGUGAUGAAAGUCCAAGCGUGUAUACUAAAGUGUCUUCUUAUAUUGAUUGGAUUUUAGAGAAUAUAUAA